AUGGAUAAACUAGACAAAUUGCCGCAGGACGGCAGCUUUAGCUACAAGAAGGAGCGUGCGAGAUACCCGCCUCUAACGAGGAUGUUGAUGUCCGGCGAGAUGAGCGGUCUCGCGCCAAAGGAGCUGACGACAAAGCAAAAGUUCGAUCGCUGGAUGAUCAAUGAGGGAUGGAGAAGAUUUACCGUGCUCGCUUUCGUCCUGGCUAAUAUUAUGAUUUUCGUGUUUGGAUUUUUGAAUUAUGGGUUUAAGGACAAUUUGAAUAAUGCAAGGGGAACUUAUACUUGGACAUAUAUGGUGGCACGAGCUGCUGCUUUGGUUCUGCAUACCAAUGUCGCCUUAAUCCUGUUCCCUGUCUGUCGGACUUUGAUCUCUCUCAUGAGACAGACCCCUUUGAAUGGAAUUAUACAAUUUGACAAAAACAUCACAUUCCAUAAACUGGUGGCAUGGGCAAUCGUCUUCUUCACCUGGGUCCACACAAUCGCCCAUCUGAACAACGUCGCCCAGCUCUCCGCCAAAAACGGGCAGGGGUUUGUCGGAUUUCUUCGCGCCGGCUUCUUAACUGGCCCUACCUGGACCGGCUGGAUCAUGCUGAUCGCAUUGAUGGCCAUGGUCUUUACGUCCAUCGAAAAGCCGCGGCGAAAUAACUUCGAGCGCUUUUGGUACACGCAUCACCUCUUCAUCGUGUUCUUCGUUUUCUGGUCUAUGCAUGGCAUUUUUUGUAUGAUCCCCACUGACUUCGCCCCGUUUUGCUCGGGGAUCGGUGUGUUUUAUCAGUACUGGAUUUAUGGCGCGGUUAUUUAUCUGGCUGAACGGGUUGCGCGAGAGAUUCGCGGAUGGCACAAGACCUAUAUUUCAAAGGUGAUUCAGCAUCCAAGCAACGUGGUCGAGAUCCAGAUCAAAAAGGCGCGGACCAAAACCAGAGCUGGACAGUACAUCUUCCUCUGCUGCCCAGAAGUGUCACUCUGGCAAUACCACCCCUUCACGCUCACCAGCGCCCCCGAAGAGGACUACAUCUCCGUUCACGUUCGCUGCGUGGGCAACUUCACCAAAGCGCUCGCCAAAACACUCGGCUGCGACUUUGAAGCUGCCAAGGGCAACAAGGACGCCAACCGGUCUGCCGUCGUGGGCGUGAACAAGAGCGAUCCGGACGACAACGUGGACCCUGCCAUCCGCCGCAUUCUGCCACGAGUGUAUAUUGAUGGCCCCUUUGGCAGUGCCUCCGAAGACGUGUUCAAGUACGAAGUCGCCAUGCUGGUUGGCGCGGGAAUUGGCAGUGUCUGGUACAGAAUGAACUAUCCGCAGCAGCGCACCAGGCUGAGGAAAGUGUAUUUUUUCUGGGUUUGUCGUGAUUUUGGGUCCUUUGAGUGGUUCAAAUCGUUGCUCGCUGCGAUUGAGUCGCAGGAUAUGGAGAGUAAGAUUGAGAUUCAUACGUAUCUAACGGCUAAAAUCAAAGCGGACGAUGCGACGAAUAUCAUGAUCAACGACGCCAAUGCGGACAUCGACGCUAUAACGGGCCUGCGUGCUCCAACGAACUUUGGGCGCCCGAAUUGGGACAUGAUCUUUCGAUCGGUGCGUAAGAUCCACACCCCUGCAGAAGCUGGAGUGUUCUUCUGUGGACCAAAGGGUCUGGGCAGUCAGUUGCAUAUAAAGUGUAAUCAGUACUCGGAGCCGGGAUUCCAGUAUGUCUGGGGCAAGGAGAACUUCUAG